AUGCAUCUCAGAAGACUGGAAAUGAUGCCUACAUCCUAUCUCACUGGAGCCACAACAUUCUACCCGUUGGAAGUCAUUCGUCGUGCUACGCGUCUUGAAUCGCUAUCCAUCAACUACGUUGACGAGUUCCUAGAGUCGUAUCCGGUCCUUGCAUGUGCGCUGCGGGUCCCGCCUGCGCUUCAGUACCUCGCAUUGUCAUCAGCUGGACCCAAGACACACCAGCUACUGUCGAAGAUGGCCAGCCGGCCGAGAGAAAUUAGAUUUCGCAACCUCGCUAUACCACACGGUCUGUCCCUUGAUCAGCUGCUACAACCGUUCACCGAAGACUGA